AUGACCACCUUUCUCCCAGCUGCACACGCCGACUCGGUUGCAGCAGUGGGCCAAGCACCAACGCAGGCAGCAGCAUCCAGUUCUGGCGCCUCUCCAGUGGCUCCAGGCCCUAUAGAAGAUACCAGGGCCCGCGGCAGGCUGAUAUGUUUUUCGUGCGACGAGCUGGGGCAUCGAUAUGCCUCGUACUCUUGGCUGGGCAGUUCCCUUAAGCUGCACGCUGACAACGGUGGCGUCAAGGAGUACGACGGCCUACCUAUAUUCGACGAGGAGCCAUCUCUAGAGGAGGUGCAUGUGCAUGGCGACGUAGGUCCGACGCUUCUUCUUCGUCGAUCCUGUUCAUCAUUUCCGUGCGAGCCAAGGGGCGGCUCGGCCAGCAGUGUCCUCUGCAGUGGCUGUAGGCCCUUCAGAGGACACCAGACCCAGCGGCGGGCUAAUAUGUUUUUCUUGGGACGAGCUCGGGUAUUGGUAGGCUCGUGCCCUCGGCCGGGCGGUUCCCGUACGCUGCUCGCUGACAACGGCGGUGUCCAGGAGUAUGAAGCCCUGCCUGUCUUCGACAAGGAGCCAUCUAUGGAGGAGGUGCAUGUGCACAACUACGUUGGUCCGACGCUUCUUCUUCGUCGAUCCUGUUUGGUAUUUGUGCUUCCGGAGAUGUAUUCGGGUUCUCCUGAUUCUUUAGAUCCUCAGGAUAUAUAA